AUGGCGUUAGUAUUGUUGUGGGUUAUCUUCUUUUUGAUAGUGGUAUUAUUAUUCCUUUGGUAUGCGCAUGAGACAUCUAGGAAAACAAUUCUUAUGAAAAAGAUACCGGGAACUAGGGGAUGGCCAAUCUUAGGACCAGCGUUUGAGUAUCUUUUGACACCUGAGCAGGUGUUUACAAAACUUCGAGCAAAGUACAAAACUUUCAAGGGGAUAACGAGUCUGUAUAUAUUCAGAAAUGGAGCGGUUAAUAUUUACGAUCCAGAGGACAUAGAGAAAGUCCUAUCAUCGACACGCUUUAACACUAAAAAGCAACCAUAUGAUUUCCUCAUGUCAUGGCUAGGCGAGGGUUUGCUAGUAAGUAACGGGCCAAAGUGGUAUGAAAGACGCAAAAUGCUUACACCCGCUUUCCAUUUUAACAUACUAAAGAGAUACACACAGUCCUUCAUCAAUAACACAGAGCAGUUUUUAAAGGAAGUCCAAAACGAAGUUACAAAGGACCAAUCUGAUUUAACUUCCUUGAUUUCGAAGGCUACUUUAAGAAUUAUGUGUGACACUGCUAUGGGCAUUUCAAUAGAUGACCACAAACAAUCAGAAACCAAGAAAUACUUUGAAGGCAUACACACAGUCGGUCAAUGCAUCGUUCAGAGAAUUUGCAGGAUUUGGUACUUUUCAAGUUUCAUUUAUGGCCUAACUUCACAUGCUCGCAGAGAGGCGAAAGCUGUUCUUAAUUUACACAACUUCACUGACAAUGUUAUAAAAGAGAGGAAGACGAAUCUAGAAGAUACAAGAACAGAAACUGCUAAUGAUGGCAAGGGAAAGUUGGCUAUGUUGGACUUAUUACUUCAAAACGAACGAGACGGCAAAAUUGAUUUGCUAGGUAUAAGAGAAGAAGUGGAUACAUUCAUGUUUGAGGGACACGACACAACUGCCACAGCCCUUACGUUUUUAAUUAUGAGAAUUGCUAACGAGCCGGAAAUACAGGACAAAAUUUAUGAAGAACUAGACAGCAUAUUUCAAGGAAGUCGGCGGCUACCAACUGUGGAGGACUUGAACGAAAUGAAUUACUUGCAAUGCUGUAUAAAGGAAACUCUGCGAUUGUAUCCCAGUGUCCCUUUUAUCGCCAGACAAAUUAAGGAGGAAGUGGUACUAAGUGGUUAUACAAUUCCGGCUGGUGUAAACUGCUAUAUUCAUAUCUACGACCUCCACCACCGUGAGGACAUUUAUCCAGAGCCGGAGAAAUUCAACCCAGAUAGAUUUCUGAUGGAGAAUAUCGAUAAUCGUCAUCGCUAUUCAUUCAUACCUUUUAGCGCGGGGCCUAGGAACUGCAUAGGACAAAAAUUCGCAUAUCUGGAGAUGAAAGCGGUUAUGACCGGACUAUUGAGGAAGUUCAGAAUUGAGGCAGUAACUAGAACCGAUGAACUGGUUCUAAUCAGUGAUUUAGUUUUGCGCAACGCGAAGCCGAUUUACGUUCGAUUCCGCGCGAGACAAUAA